GGCUGUCAUCUCCCUUGAGGAGUGGCUCUCAAAUUUGUGCGCAACUGUGAUGUCCCCGGGAAGCUUCCCGAGCAGCACAAAUUCUCCAGUCCUCCUUCCUAGAGAUCUUCACUCAGAGGUCAGAACUGUGGAUUUUUGUCAGCUGCCCCAGUGUGCAUGAAACCGUGAGCCACAGAGUUCUUCAUUAUGUCCGAUGGAGAUUACGAUUACCUCAUCAAGUUUUUAGCAUUGGGUGACUCUGGAGUAGGGAAGACCAGUGUACUUUACCAAUACACUGAUGGCAAAUUUAAUUCCAAGUUUAUCACCACAGUGGGCAUCGACUUCAGGGAAAAGAGAGUGGUGUACAGAGCCAGUGGGCCCGAUGGCGCCGUGGGUAGAGGCCAGAGGAUCCACCUGCAGUUAUGGGACACAGCGGGGCAAGAGAGGUUUCGUAGCUUGACAACAGCAUUCUUCAGGGAUGCGAUGGGUUUUCUUCUCCUUUUUGAUCUGACGAAUGAACAAAGUUUCCUCAAUGUCCGAAACUGGAUAAGCCAGCUGCAAAUGCAUGCCUACUGUGAGAACCCAGAUAUAGUGUUAUGUGGAAAUAAAAACGAUCUGGAAGACCAGAGGGUGGUGAGAGAAGAGGAGGCAAGAGGCCUUGCAGAGAAAUACGGAAUCCCCUACUUUGAAACCAGCGCUGCCAAUGGGACCAACAUAAGCCAAGCGAUUGAGAUGCUCCUGGAUCUGAUCAUGAAGCGGAUGGAGCGCUGUGUGGACAAGUCCUGGAUCCCCGAGGGCGUGGUACGCUCCAAUGGCCACACAGCCGCCGAUCAGUUAGGGGAAGAGAAGAAGGGAAUGUGUGGCUGUUGAACCAUCAAGAGAGCAUCACAGUGAGCCAGGUGGCCCACACCUGUCAUCUCUGUGCUUCACACACGGCCCCGGGAGAUGGACAGGCCCUGGGCCACACUGCUUCCCACCACGUCCAUUAGACUUGCUAAUCAAGCAUCCAGCUUUCAGAUCCAUUUGUUCUAGC